AUGGCGCGGCAUGUGGGCAGGGCUCGGGUUCUCUUGAUUGGGGCAGCUCUCUUGGUCUUUGAGAGAUUUUCAUUUUGUCCAUCCAACUUGGCGCCGUGGAACUUCUCUUGGACAACUCCAGGGCGCCGUCAUGCCCUUGGUGCCAUGAGCCUGAGCACUCUGACGGCGCCUGCCUGGGCUGAGGAAGCCGACGUUGUGACGGCGCCCACGACACCCACGGCGGAUCCGUACCUCGACAGGGUGCAAAGCCCCACUGGCGACUUUAGCAUUCAGCUCCCCGUGACAUGGCAAAAGGAGUUUGACAACUAUCCUGGCCGAUUGAUUUUGAGUGUCGACCCUGAAGAGUUUGCGAAGCUCCAGUCCAACCAACCAAACGAAAUGGUGACGGUGCGUUGUGCGCGCUUGACGCUUCCAGCAUUGUUGCGCAGCGCGCAGUACAUGCCGCGUGCAGGGGACGAGCAGCGUAGUGAUUGGAAGGAGGUUGCCCUUGAACCGGUCACGGGGGGAAACAUCGCCGAAUGGCUGAUGCGUGCGGGCCAGCAAGCCCUUGCAAAUCAGAUAGGUGUGCAACUGCCACAGCUGGACAUCAAAAUUGUGGAUUUCCAAAUCACCGAUGGGCCAAAACCAGAUCAAUCAAUCCUGACGUGGCAUGCAACUACUCAAGCGCAGCCCUCCAGUCUUCGGACUGGUCAAGAGUCCGAAGUGCAGGGGCUGGGAGGAAAGUCCUUGAUGCCGCUCUCUGAGGUUUUGAGCGCGGGCGGCCCCGGGGAAGUGCCCACGGAUGUGCCGCCUGUCGGCAGCUUUGGCCAGGCAAUCCUGCGGAAAGGCACUGUGACCUUUGCCAUCGCACAGACACCGGCCAAUCGGAUAGACCCCAACUACAAGGGGCCAACUGGAAAGAAAUACUUGGACUACAUUGUGUCAAAGAUAGAUCCGGCCAAGCUGAAGUCCAACGGUGGUUGCGAAGCAAUCCUGGCAGCUUUGGGGAUGCAGUGGGGUCGCUUCCUCAACGAGGAUCGCUAUGUGAAGUUUGAACGGGCUUUGUUUUUGACUACCCAGAAACCAGAUGAGAGCAAUGAUCGUUUCAUUGCAAGACAUGAGGCGUGCUUUGAGGAGAUCCUCCAGAAGGACAAGGGAGUGACGCUCGAAGAAAUUCGAGCAUACGUGAUGAUUCGGCACUCUCAACUCACCAGUGAAGAGAAGAAGAAGAUCAUCAUUGACAACAAAGGAGUGCUCACCUAUGAAGCAACCCGUGAAGCCAUGAGGCUCCUAGGCUCACGGUUCUUCCAGGAUCUACAGGGAGGGUCAAAUCGGAAGUUGAAGACCUACGAUGUCCACACCGUUGACGAGACGGAACCAGUCAUGAUGACCACCGAGGAGACCUUCGAUGAGGAGCAUGCCUACCAGACCCUCCUGGAACAGGGAGAUGAAGACGCCAUCUUCAUUCAAGAGUUUGAAGAACAGAUCAUCGAGACAGAGAUGGCCACCAUGGCGGAGGACUUCACAGAGAUGACUCCAGAAGAACUUCCCGAAGACCUGCUUGAGCCAUACUUUUCCAGUGAAACAGGCUUCAUGCCCACCAGACAUCUGGAAGAGGAUUUUGAUGAAGCCAUUUUGGACACAGGAGCCAGCCGCACGAUUAUUGGAAGUGAUCGUGCAAGUGGAGAUUUGGGAAGUUACACACCCACUGAAAACGACAUGGAGGUAGAUGGGGUAGAAGUCCCAAUUCCGGAUGAGAAUGAUGAUGAUGAACUGUGCGUUUUUGGGGAUGAUGUCUUAGCCACUUUUGAUCCUCCCAUGUAUGAGAUUUCCUUUAGGGAUGGCCCAGUUUUUCAAGGGGACAGAUGUGAGGAGAUCCACAUUGUUUGGGACACCUUUGGAGUGACGAAUGCAAAGAAGGAGAGAGUUGAACUCAGAUGGGAAGAUCUAAGUGAAAAAGACAAAGUCCUUUUUCGUGCGGCUAAAGACAAGGAGAUCCAAGCCUGGCUUCAGCAUGAUACAGUGAAGCGAGUCCUGGAGAAAAUCCAAAAGGUGUACAGCUUUGGGGCCUUCCAUAAGAAGAAUUUUGUCUUUUGUGGAGCGCGGUACUUUCAAUGGGAUGAUGGAUCGAUCGAAUUGGAUCAGAGGGAGUACAUCGAGAGAAUCAAUCCCAUCCAGAUUCCCAAACACCGCCGAAAUGAACCACUCUCCGUGGUGACUGAAGGGGAACGUCAGGAAAUUCGACAACUGUGCGGAUCGUUGCAGUAUGCUGCUGUCAACACUAGACCUGAUUUAGCUGCUAAGGCAAAGUCUCAUGCUGCGUGUUUGCACAUACUGCCAAUCCCAACCAGUGAAGUGACAUUUUGUGCUUUCAGUGACGCUUCUUUUGCAACCAACAAGGAUGCUGCAUCCCGACAAGGAACGAUAGUUUUCGCAACAGACAGGAGCUUGGAAAACAAUCAAGUGGGGAUUGUGUGUCCAAUUGCUUGGAGCUCCAAGCGUAUUCCUCGAGUGGUCAGAUCCACGUUGUCCGCAGAGGCUGUCGCGCUCAGUUCUUCCCUGGAUAGGCUUUCUUGGAUUCGUCUCUUCUGGGAAUGGAUGAAACAUCCCGGAAGCAAUGUGAUGGAGCCUGCAGAGAUGUUGUGUCAGGCACCGAAAGCCUCCAUGGUCACCGAUUGCAAAUCGGUCCUUGAUGUUGCCACUAAAACUUCCACCCCGACUUGUGAAGAGUAUAGGACAUGCCUAGAGUGCAUCCUGAUUAGGGAAAGACUCAAGGAGAACUGUAGACUAAGGUGGGUAAGUUCUCAGGCACAAUUGGCAGACUCAUUGACAAAGCCAUGGAGAGCACUUUGCUUCGACAGUGCUUAG